UGGGGCGCGUGUCAUUUUCGCGCGCUGUGUUUAAAGUUUGGCAUCGCAGUUGAACUGUAACUGUGUGCUUAUAGUUUGCUAAAUUAAUUAAAAAUUAAUUAAUUAAAGAUAAAGCACUUUGGGAAAAGUAUGACAUUGAGGAAAAAACAACAACACCUAAUUGCUAAUGCCGCAAUAACGUAUUUCAGCGCGAGCUAAACGGAAGCCUUGUUGCUAUCAUGGACCGAUACAACGACUUAAAAAUUCAGUUAAAACAGUGGGAACACUCGUUUGUUCAAACACACAACAGAAAACCAAACAAGGAUGAUAUUGCUGCAGCUCCAGAAGACACGAAAAAACUUUAUAAAGAGUACCGCAUGCUCAAAGAGGCAAAGGAGAAGACCACAAGUGAGAACGAGGAUCACGUACACAAGAAGGAUGUCCAGUCUCCAGACAGCGGCGACUGCUGGGGUUCUCAUCUCAAUCGUAAAAACCUGCCUGCAGCAACACCCAAACUCACUUCUAGAGAUAAGGAGACAUUACAAGCCUCUGCCCAGUACUUUGGUAUGAAGUUGAAGUCUAAUCUCAUCAACUCUUUAUCGAAGGAUCGAUCAUUUUCUCUGAAGAAAGCUGUCACCCCUCGGCGAACCCCAGGAAAGAACUGGAAAGACGGUGGAACCGCUUGCACGGCACAUGAGGACAUGAGUACUCCUUCCUCAAAACCUGCUAACACUAGUCCAGCGCUGUCCGCCUGUCCUCCAGCUCAAACUGGAAACGGCGAGGACGAAUCCUCAGAUCCCUUUCCUUCUUUCACUCCUUCUAAACUGUCCUCACUAAGCACGAAGACUCCAGAUAAGAGCCUGGAGAAAGCCCAGUUCCUCAGGCAGUCCAUGACCAAGAGGCUAUCGUGUGUGGACAGGGGCUGGCUGGAGCGCUGUCAGGUCUUCACUGCGGUGAAAGACGAGCACAUACCGGUCACGGGUAAUUUAGACCUGCCAGAAAAAGACCGGAUCGUUCCAAGUAGUGCUAGAAGUGAAAAAGUGGCUGCGAUGAAUGGAGCAUUGAGAGACUCGGCGUCACCAGAGGACGUGUCUCGGGUACGUGUUGAGGAACUUCCGGUAGAUGUUGAUAACAGUUUGGGAACCGCUGAUAUACAAAUGAAGCUCGAUCGUGUUCCAGAGGGUCAGGACAGGACCGAUGAAUCCAGUCCUUCUUUAGAAGCCAGAAAACAAACAAAAAAACCCAGAUCAAGGAAAGCUCAAGACUCUGAAGGUCCAGAUUAUGAGCAGAAGGUUGUAAGGAAAAAGGGACGGAAAAGGCCGAGAGAAACUGAAAAAGUAGAACAAGCAGGGCAAACCGAAAGUGUCCAAAAGAAACGCAGGACCAAGAAAGAUGACUCCGCGGAGGAGGAGCCUGUUAAAAAAGGACGCAAAAAGAAAGGAAGAGGUGCUGAGGAGGCAGAAAGCACUCUUGAGACUAAAGUACCUCAGAAAUCAAAGAUGCCUCAGGAGAACCUGCUAGGAGAAGUGAAUGAGGAGGACGUGAAAGCGGUGUUAUCCAGGAAGAAAAACCCAGUCAGAAGCAGGGUGACCAAAAACACAGACGGAAACUUUGUGAAAAUCAACCUGAAGAAGAAAUCUCAUGUUAAAGGGUUUGCCCUGAGGGGUGCUGCUCUCCGCAAGCAUAUGUACGUGCAGAAGUUCCAGCUGAAGGGCGAGAGGUUUGGCGGAGGCGGUGGGCGGGGCAGAGGAAGAUUCGGAGGGUUUAACCGACAGGGAGACGUUUGCUAUAAAUGUGGUGGAACAGGACACUGGGCACGGGACUGUCGUGGAGCAGCUUUGGCUCCUGGUGUGGGAGGGGCGUCACAGAAGGACACGGCCCUGGAGGAGGAAGAAGAGGAGCCGUUCCAGCUGCCCACCUUAGAGGAAGUAGCCAGAGCGACGGGGACGCUGUGCUGUCAGCCUAUUGUGUCCUCGAGUGUCGGAGUCGAGGCAGACGAGAAAGAAGAAGACCGAGGAGAGGAAAUCCUGCUAAAUGUUAUGAGACCCGACUACGAGCGUCCUGCUCCUCCUCCACCCAUGGAGCCGCUGUACAGUCCACGAGAGGACGGCAAAGUGCAGGAAGUUCCUCCUGAGGUGUACCAGGCUCUUCGGGACUUUGGGUACAAGACCUUUAGGCCCGGCCAAGAGACGGCCAUCAUGAGAAUCCUUUCAGGUUUGUCUACCCUUGUGGUUCUGUCCACUGGCAUGGGCAAAUCUCUGUGCUACCAGCUCCCUGCCUACCUCUACGCACAAAGGUCAAAGUGCAUAACCCUGGUUGUGUCACCUUUGGUAUCGCUAAUGGAUGACCAGCUCUCUGGGAUUCCUGCUAAGCUGAAAGCAGCGUGUAUCCAUUCCAACAUGUCUCUGAAACAGAGAGAGACCGCUAUUGAAAAGGUGAAAGCAGGUCAAGUUCAUGUUUUACUGCUGUCUCCAGAAGCUCUGGUUGGUGGAGGUCACUCUGGCUCCGGUUGUCUCCCCCCUGCUGAUCAGCUCCCCCCUGUGGCCUUUGCCUGCAUUGAUGAAGCUCACUGUGUGUCUGAGUGGUCACACAACUUCCGGCCGUGCUACCUCAGACUGUGUAAGGUACUGAGGGAUCGUCUGGGUGUGCGCUGUUUGCUGGGUCUGACAGCCACUGCCACCCUGUCCACUGCGCUGGACAUCGCUCAUCACCUGGGCAUCAGGGAUUCUGAGGGCAUCGCUGUUCGCUCGGCUGCCGUCCCACACAACCUCCAGCUCUCAGUGUCCAUGGACAGAGACAAAGACCAGGCUCUGGUGUCCUUGAUGAAAGGAGAGCGCUUCGGUGCACUUGACUCCAUUAUAGUGUACUGCACUAGACGAGAGGAGACGAGCCGUAUCUCUGCGUUGCUGCGCACCUGCCUACAGGGGGUGAUGUUGAGAGAUUCCUCACGGCCUGCCAAAGAAGUCGAGGAGGACAAUCCUGUGAGCAAGAAGAAGAAAGCAUUGGCCAGGAAGAAGAUCCGGAAGCCGCUGAAGUGGAUCGCUGAAGCGUACCACGCGGGCAUGUCGGCCUCAGAGCGCCGGCGUGUGCAGAAUAACUUCAUGUGUGGCGAGCUGCGGGUGGUGGUGGCCACUGUGGCAUUCGGAAUGGGCUUGGACAAGUCAGAUGUGCGCGGUAUCAUACACUACAAUAUGCCCAAGAGCUUUGAGAGCUACGUGCAGGAGAUUGGACGAGCCGGGAGAGACGGAGAACCCGCACACUGCCACCUGUUCCUGGAUCCAGAAGGUGGAGAUCUGCACGAGCUGCGCAGACACAUCUAUGCAGAUACCGUGGACCACUUUACUGUCAAGAGGCUGGUGCAGAAAGUUUUCCCUCCCUGCAAGUGCAGGCGUAUCCAUCAGCACCAGGAAUUGGCCCAGGCCAUGGAGGUGGAUGAUGCCGAGCUGAUGGAGCUGAUGGAUCACUGUGAUGCUUCAGGAGACAACCAACACGAACAGCAAGACGCAGCAACACCUGCCCACAUCCAACAAACAGAACCAGAGCAGACGAGAACCACGCACCAGAACCCACGCCAGCCAGAAAGUUCUCAGGAGUGGAACAAAGCAACAGUGCAGCUAACAGAGGGAGAAUCAGAAGGUUUCAUUGCUCAGCAUGGGGAAGAAGAGAAGUCACAGAACGGACAAAAAGAUGAGGGUGAGAAGAUGGGAGGAAGUGAAAAUGGUUCAGAGGUGCAAGAGAGUGAAGGUGGUGUGUCGGGCCAGCGUGUGUGUCACACUCACGAGAGAGCGCUUCCAAUGCAGGAUACGGUGGACGAGCUGGAUAUCACAGAGGAGGGUUUGGAGACUUUGCUGUGUUACCUGGAGCUCCACCCUCAGCGCUGGGUGGAGCUGAUGCACCCGACCCUCUCAAUGUGUCGCCUGGUGUGUUACGGAGGACCUCGGGAGCUCCGCAAGCUCAUCAAAGUGUGUGCUCCCGUGGCAGUGGUCCUGGCGAGGAAACGGCUGGCCGGCGAGAAGGUGGAGGACUGUGACUCUCUGGAGUUUGACGUGGUGGAGUUGGCAGACACGAUGGGCUGGCAGCUCCCGCUGGUCAAGAGAGGGCUGAGACAGCUGCAAUGGGGUGGUUCUUUUGGAGGCUCGGGUCGGAGCGGUAUCCACGUAGAGUUCUCUGCUCUCUCCUUCUACUUCCGCUCCUAUGGAGAUCUGGCGGCUGAAGAACUGGACGAGGUGUGUGCGUUUCUGUACGGCAGGGUCCAGACGCAGGAGAGGACGCAGCUCUAUCAGCUAAAAGCCUCCUUUAAAGCUUUCCGCAGUGUUGCGUAUCGGAACUGUAGCUUCUGCAUGGAUGAGCUGGACGAAGCCAGGAGCCUGAGGCUGAAGGAGCUUCUGGCUGAUUAUUUUGAGAAGAGGCGAGACCUGGACCUGAGCAAGUAUGAGGAGGAGCAGGACGAUGAGGACGAGACCUUCAGCAAGUUUAAGCUGAAGGACUGGGAGGAUCAGAUCCGCGCUGAUGUGAGAGCUUUCCUGGCCAGUCGGAGUGAUGAAAAGUUCUCAGGCCGUGCCGUGGCGAGGAUUUUCCAUGGGAUUGGAAGCCCGUGUUAUCCGGCGCAGACGUACGGCCGAGACCGGCGUUACUGGCGAAAAUAUCUCCAGUUUGACUUCAAUGAGAUCAUCCGCUUAGCCACUCAGGAGAUUAUUAGAACAAGGUAACUGAACAGAGACUCCUCCGUUAUUCACUGCUGAUUCAGUUAUGUGUGAGAUUUGUCAGUUUAUCUGUAUUUUAUAUCUCUGUGCUUUUAUAAAUGACCUAAUUUAUUGGUUUUACUGGAUACUGAAUAAAACUUAUUUUUCUACAUAUUGAGUAUCAUUGUUUCUUUACUACUAAACAACAAACUGAAGCACAGAGCAGAACUGCAAAGCCAGGA